AUGGCCACCGAGGCCUCCAUCGCCCUGACCAACCGCUCUCUCCGUACCAUUCGUACUGAACUCGAAUUUCUCGCUGAUACUUCCGUCAUCUCUCCCGAGCAACUCUCCUCUAUCCUAGCGCAACUUCCUGCUCAUACACCUCUACAUGCUCCGUUACAGUCUCCCGCCAGCGUCUCCACCAACACGCCUGUUGAGCAGUUCUCAAACAUGAGCAUGAAAGAGCAAUAUACCCCUGUCCCGACGCCCGCUCCUCUUCCGCCUCCUGCCUACGUCCAGACGCCUCAGAUACUCUCUAUCGCCACCGCUCUUUACGCAUACCAGCCGACCGACACUGGUGACUUGGCGCUUGCACAAGGGGAUCGAAUACAAGUGUCAGAACACAUGAACAAUGACUGGUGGCGGGGUCGAAACGAGCGGACCAAUUUGGAAGGAAUUUUCCCUCGAAGCUACGUCAAUGUAAUCGAAGAGAAGCGACCACCCAUGGGCCAGUCUCAACCAUCAGACUACGGCAACUUGCCUCUUCAAAUCAGCCAAUCUGGUGGUUCCGUCGGCGGCCCAGAAGGUCGAAAAUACAGCAAACUCGAAGAACAAGGCAAGAAAUUCGGAAAGAAAAUGGGAAAUGCUGCUAUUUUUGGAGCCGGCGCCACCAUCGGCAGCAAUAUUGUCAAUGGUAUUUUCUGA